UUUCAAUAUUGAGCCUGAUAUAAAAGUAUGAUCAUUACACCAUUGAAGUGUAAUGAAAGCAUGUUUAUGAAGCAACAGCUUCAUCUGCUGUCCCUACAACGUAUUACGUCUUUAGAGGUCACGUGGCUGUCGCUCUUACCUUCCUAUUGGCUGCGUGGGGCAAUGUGACCAAAACACAAUCAUGGCGGCCGCAGCAGCGGUCCGGUGGAGCAUGGGUCUAGGUUUGAAAGUCAUACCGGACUGUAGUUUAUGUCCGCUGUCCAGAAGCUGUGUGAGCAGCUGGAUGUCGCUAAAGAGGAGCGUCAGAUACCGGACCAUAAACCGACAUCUGCGGACCACCAUAGGACUCCACCACAGUGAAGAGGGAAGCUCCAGUGCAGAAAGUCCAGACGAUGUUGUGAACGUGGUGUAUAUAGAUCGCUCCGGUCAGAGGGUCCCUGUCAAGGCCAAAGUAGGAGAUAAUGUUCUGUAUUUGGCUCACAGGCAUGGAAUAGAGCUAGAAGGCGCCUGCGAGGCAUCGUUGGCCUGCUCAACAUGCCAUGUUUACGUUAACUCGGACCAUUGUGACAAACUGCCUGAACCCACUGAGCAAGAGGAUGACAUGCUGGACAUGGCACCAAUGCUUCAGGAGAAUUCCCGACUAGGGUGCCAGAUCACUCUUACUCCAGAGUUGGAGGGCAUCGAGCUGACCUUACCCAAAGUCACCAGGAACUUUUAUGUGGAUGGUCAUGUUCCUAAACCUCACUGAGGAGAGACAACGACGGAGAAGGGCACUGACGAAAACUAAGAGGAUGCUGCUGUCAGCUAGAUUCUCUAGUGGUGGUUCAGUGAGUGGGUACACUGCUAGGAUAGUACUCAACAACAAAGUCUGGCAACCUCAAUUAACCAAUGGCUAGACAGGAAAGUGAGAUCGCAGCAGGUCAGACACCGUCUCAUCAAAGGUGAAACAAAUGAUUAGCUUAAAAUAAUUUGAUGGUGUGAUGGGUAAUCCAUUUACCCUGAACACCCACUACAGUUUAAGGGUAAAAAAAGAGUAAUAAUUUGGAGGGCAAACUCAAGGUUAGCUCACAUGGUCUGAAGGGGUUACCAUAGGCUCUAAGUGACACUAAGAUCUCCCUUUUUGCUCUAGUGAAAAGUAUAAAUAAAUAAUGCAGAGUACUUUGAUAUUGAACAAGCCAAACAGUCCCCAUAGACAGACAAAACUAAGUAUGGAGCUUUUUUACUGCCUUUAACAUGAGUUAGAGCACAUGAUCUGCACUGGGAAGAUAAAUACUGUAAAGGCAAGUCACCAAAUGCAACAACUUACAGACUGGCAUUUUUCACAUUGAUUUGCUUUUGUGUGCAUCAUUUAACAUGUGAUCUGACAGAGACACUCUAAAUCAGAUGGUUGCUGAUUUUGACAGGUCAAUGUUCAGGAAUUCUUGCUGCACUAGAAAACUACCAACUGGGUUUGAGACCAUGAGACCACAUUCAUAAAGUAAGAACUUCAUUUGACAAUGUGGUAUGUUUUUUUCCCCCACAUUCCACAGUGCAAGUUUAAGUGCUUUAAAUCAUUGAUAUUAAAGUCGGUAAUAAAGCUACAUACGUGUCUCAACGUAGAAUUCCAUGGUUAACCAGUCGUGCAGAGCCUGAUGUGAAAAAACCCUGUGGUGUUGCCUCCCCAGAAAUAUAAAUCAAUUGUUUGCGUUUCAGCUCCAAAACUGCAGUACUCUCUGUACUGUUAUUGCAGAUAAGUCAAAGGUAAUUAGUGUGUCAUACCAAAUAUUAGCGCAGUUGCAUCCUAGUUUAGGAAUGUGACUGCUCAAUCCUGUGGCCAGUUUGCUUUAACAGAAAAAAAUUGAAAAAAAGCAAAAGAAAACAACAAUUCUGAUAAAAUCAGAUAGAGGGAGCCAUUGUCUUUGGAAAUCAACAUCUCUAAUGUUUAAAAUGAUGAAAAAAAAUGUUAAUGGUGAACAUUGUGAAGCAAAACAAUAUUAUUGGUUACACACAUGUACCCCUGUGAUCCACAAUGUCAGACUAUCAUUACCUCUAAGAUAAUGUAACAUUCCGUUACCGCUCAGAUACGCACAAAUGUCACAUGAUGUUUUUAACCAUUCAGUCAGAUAGUCCUGUUACGUUAACUCUUGAAAGAUUUUCUCAACAUAUUUAUUUUCAUAUGAAUGUACUCAAUGUAUUUGUAGUAGGGUUGCCUUGAUACCAUUUUUACUAACUGAUACAAGUACAAGGAUUUACAGUUGUGUGUUUGCUGAUACCAAGUACUGUCAGCAAUACUUCUCAAGUUUUAUGCAGUGAACUGGAAGGCAGAGCUACAUAGGUGUCAGGGAUGUCUUUGGGUAAAAGCUUGAUGUGCAGUGUGCACAAACUCAAACCAAACCACAGUGAUGACACCAAGCUGGAAUAUGCUUAGAGCUGCUUUUAUUUUCUCCUCACUGACUGGCUUAGGCAAUAUAUCAAAACUAAGGAUUAAAUAAAUAGGAAUAAUACAAGUGCAAUGGCAGUUCUUCUGCUUGCCACUAGAGGGCUCCAGGUUCAAUACCAACU